AUGAGCAUCACUUCACAGGUGGCAGCCCUUCCCCUACGUUGGCUAGUCGUUUCACGAUUUGCCGACCAUUCUUUGCCGACUUUGAUAGCCUUGACCGCCCAUUUCACCCCAGCCAUUCGACUCAUUUCCGAUGGAUUCAUGGAUCCUGCGUAUCUGAGGAAUUUCGUGGAGGUUCGUUUUGAAAGAAAAUUAGAUCUUUACGUGAAACAUUUUUCUCGAAAAUCCGCUCCGAUUGAUUCAAAGGCGCAGCAUUCAACGAGAAAUAAAGGGUCUCGAAGCGAUUAAUUUGGCCCUGCGCCUUCAAAAUAGCUUGCAAGUUGUUUGUGAGCAUUGGGGAUUUUCUUAGCAAAAAAAAUGCUCUUGAUGUUUUUCAAAGGCACAGCGUCUAUUUAUUUUAUUAAAAUCGGCUUAAAACUAAUUUCAUUGGCUCCGCCCUGCUCCUUUAAGAUUUCCACCAUUUUUGAUCAAUUUUGAGCUAAAAUGCAGUGAUAGCUGUAGUUCCGAUGAAUGACUUCUUAGAUACUAGCAUUAGUCCGAAAAAAGGGGCGUGGCUAGCCAAUUAGAGUCGUUUCUCACUGGAGCGCACUUGAUGAGUUGAACAAUGAGGAAUGGACUUUCACUAGAAGUCAAAUUCCUGAAAGCUCAUUUUGCUUUGAGGUCUUCAGAAAUCUAGUUUGUCCAGAUUUUGGAUGUCAAGUCAUAGCUCAAGCUCCGCCCCUAAUUGCGAGAUUAACCAAUCAGAGAGCGAGCUAUCCCCAAAGCGUUUUCUAAUGACGUCACUGUACUUUUCCGCGCUUUUUUUUCUCUGCUCCCUCCUCGUCUCUCGGCGACCAUCUCAUGUUGAUGCACUAUUUUCAUGUUUCUCUGACCUAAGAGGGAACAGAGAGACGCAGACACGCAGAAAACAUCACGUCGUGGCGAAUGGACUAUAUUAAGAAAUGUACGUUUUUUUCCAGAAAUUGAUCGAAAAUGGUUCAUCGGAUCGUCUAGGCGGUAACGAUUUGACGGAACUUGCCCGUUUCUACAAGCAAUUCACCCAAAAAUCUUGA